AUUUUUACUUAUGAUUAUUUGUGUGUAUGUGUGUGUAUUUCUGAUAGGUUGCUUGUUUGAUUAAAAGCCUGGUUUAAGAUGUAAGUGGCCCCAUUUUUAAAUAUGUGAAUACGUUUGAAGCUAUCUGAUAUUAUUGGGCUUUAUUAAUUAAAAUAUUUAUAAUGAAGCUCUGGUCUUUGGUGGACACUUAAAAAAAGUUUUUCGGAGCCGCUGAGAUGUCCGGUAAAUCUGCGCUAUAGACGAUCUUUGCGCUGCACACGAAAAGGAAAGGAAACGCCGACUUCUCCAUUCCAAACCCCCCUCUUCUCUCUCUCAUCUUUAGCAGGAGCGAAUGUUUGAUCGAUCGGAAGCUGGAAGACGAGUCACGUUUAUUUCUCACUUUUUAGGCUUCCCCUGAUUGUUUCUGGACUGGCCUCCCUCCCUCAGAGCCUGCUGUUGACCGUGAGGGAUUUUGCUUCCAGACGCCAGUUUUCAUCGACUGCACAAACUUGAUAGGCAGGCAAGCUAGCUAGCUAGCCACCUAGCUAACUUGCUAACUAGCUUGCAGUGUUGUUAAGGGGGACCUCGUUUUCCUUUCUUUUCCCCCCCUUCCCCGUGUCAGUGUUGGAGUGUUUUUGUCAUUGCGCUGUAACUGGCUGUGGGUGGGUCCCCUGACACCUGAAGACUGUUUGCUGGUGAAGUUUGAGCCGGUUGUUCGCAGCUAGCGUGCUCGAUACAGCUUGCUAGCUCGCUAGCUAACACCCUGCGCAUUUAGCCUGGAAGCCAGUUCGAGGCCUCAGUCCAGCACCACCUCCAGCAGCAGCUACCACAGUGUUUGCAGAGCCGUAUAGUGAGAGUUGACAGCUUACUUGGUGACACAGAGACUUCUCCCUGAGGAGCCAAGAAGCAGACGGCUCAUGACUUCUGACCAGGACACGAAAGUUGUAGCUGAACCACAGGUGCAGCAAGUACAAGAGGCAAAAGAGAACUCUCAUUUGGAAUCUGCCAAGGUUUCGGACCUCAACCCCAAUGCGAAAGCAUGGGCCAACCACAUGUUUAGCCUGGACCCCAGCGGGACUGCCGACACCACAACUGCUGCCCUGCAGCCAUGGAAGGAAGGCUGCGAUAGUUCGGCCGAUCCCGGCCCAGAAGGCUAUGAAGCCAGUGAAGACAAGGCUUACAAGGAGCCCCUUCUAACCGACCCAGAUGAGCCUCCACCGGUACCAGUAAUGCUGGCUGAGCCAGCCGCCGUCACUCUGGAGUGCUCCGAGUCAGCCUACACAGAAUACCCCAAGCCUGGGCAGCCAGGGCACACAGGCAGUGAUCCCCAGCCUGACAACCCCCAGGAGGGCUUGAGGGAGCACCUGAAGAAGACCCUGGAGUUCUGUCUUUCCCGGGAGAAUCUGGCCAGUGACAUGUACCUCAUCUCCCAAAUGGACAGUGACCAAUAUGUGCCAAUUGUGACGGUGGCCAACCUGGACCACAUCAAAAAGCUCAGCACGGACGUGGAGCUGAUUGUGGACAUCUUACGAUCUUUGCCAUUGGUCCAGGUGGAUGAGAAGGGGGAAAAGGUGCGACCCAAUCAGAACCGCUGCAUCGUGAUCCUCAGAGAGGUUCCAGAGAGCACGCCCAUAGAGGAGGUCGAGGCUCUUUUUAAGGGGGACAACUUACCCAAGUUUAUCAACUGUGAAUUUGCCUACAAUGACAACUGGUUCAUCACUUUUGAAUCAGAAGCAGAUGCACAGCAGGCAUAUCAAUAUCUCCGUGAGGAAGUAAAGACCUUCCAAGGGAAGCCAAUAAAGGCGAGGAUAAAGGCGAAGGCAAUCGCUAUCAACACUUUCAUACCAAAGAACGGUUACCGGCCGGUGGAGGUGAACCCGUACGCUCAGCAGCGCUACACAUCCUACUACAUCCCGCCGGUUUACAGCCCCCAGCAGCAAUUCCCGUUAUACAGCCUCAUCACGCCGCAGGCCUGGUCGGCCACACACAGCUUCAUCGACCCGGCGCUGGUUACUCCAUUUCACAACAACCAGUUCAUCAACGGAUUUACAUCUCACAGUUUCAAACCAGCGACGUCGCCCCUCACUGUCAGACACUACUCGCCCAGGAACAGGAAUCACAGCAAACCUCACCUGAGGCCGACCAUCCCCACAGCGGAUCGCAGCACUGGGCUACUGGACAGCCCGAGCCUCUUUGCCGGCUUUCCCAGCGAGAGGCUCAAUGGGGCUCGCAGCAGCCCGCCAACGCGACUCCCCACCAGCCAACCCAGAACCAGGUUACCCUCCACUGCAGCCUUCCCUCGUAGGGACACUGUGGGCACGGGGCGAGUAACGGAGCCCGCAACCACAGACUACUCGCUGGGGAUCGGCCGAGGAAGGAAAAAGAGGGACGAAAAGUUUACAAGAGUGACGCCUCAGUCGCCGCCUCCGCCCCCAAAACCUCCAUCUCCAAGCUUCGAGCUCGGUCUCUCCAGCUUCCCUCCUCUGCCCGGAGCAGCCGGCCAGCUCAAAACUGACGACGUCUUUGACAACCGACUAGCCAGCAGCGUAGUCGUCGGAAACUCCAAGGAACGGAAUGUAAGUGCUGAAUCCAGUAGUGGAGGCACUCUCUCUCCAGCGGGUCCCAAAGAGCCUCUCCGGUCCUCAACGUCCCCGAUGGCCACAACCUUCCAGCCCUCGCCGACCACCCCGACCACGACCCCCGCCUCGACGCUG